AACUCAACACUCUCUCUUAUCUCAUUUCCUUUCAUUGUAAGUUAAGAAAAGAUUACGAUAAUGGCCACAUCAGCUAUCCAGCAAUCCUCCUUCGCAGGCCAAACGGCCCUCAAGCCCUCCAACGACCUCCUCCGCAAGGUCGGUGUCUCUGGUGGUGGCCGCGUGACCAUGCGCCGUACCGUCAAGUCUACUCCUCAAAGCAUCUGGUAUGGACCAGACCGUCCCAAGUACUUGGGACCAUUCUCUGAGAACACACCAUCUUACCUAACCGGAGAAUACCCCGGAGACUACGGGUGGGACACUGCUGGACUCUCGGCUGACCCGGAGACAUUCGCUAAGAACCGUGAGCUUGAAGUAAUCCACAGCAGAUGGGCCAUGUUGGGUGCUCUCGGAUGCACAUUCCCUGAGAUUCUCUCCAAGAACGGUGUUAAAUUCGGAGAAGCCGUGUGGUUCAAGGCAGGUUCUCAGAUCUUCUCAGAAGGAGGUCUUGAUUACCUCGGAAACCCUAACUUGAUCCACGCGCAAAGCAUCUUAGCCAUCUGGGCUGUUCAAGUUGUGCUCAUGGGUUUCAUUGAAGGUUACAGAAUCGGAGGUGGACCACUCGGAGAAGGGCUUGACCCGCUUUACCCCGGAGGUGCGUUCGACCCAUUGAACUUGGCUGAGGAUCCAGAGGCCUUCUCUGAGCUGAAGGUGAAGGAGCUCAAGAACGGUCGUCUUGCCAUGUUCUCGAUGUUUGGAUUCUUUGUCCAAGCCAUUGUCACUGGUAAAGGUCCCAUUGAGAACUUGUUUGAUCACUUGGCUGAUCCUGUGGCUAACAACGCCUGGUCUUACGCUACUAACUUUGUCCCCGGAAAGUAAUUGUCAUAUGUAUUUGCUUCAUAAUCUCUCUACCUUGUAAACUCGUGAAUGUACUUAUUGGUGUUUUAUGUGAAUUUGGCACUUGAUGAUGUUUAUUUUGUGGGGAUUACUUUCUUGAUUGAUUGCCCAUUUGGCAAGUGCCAAAAUCACAUAUCAUGUUCAUAUAAGAGUCUAAAAGACGGUGGCUAAUUCACGGUUUUUCAAGAUCAUCAUUAUUCAAACGUUUGUUCUUCGGAUGUAGUUGAGUUUCAGGCCGCUUUCAGCUAGUUACUUGGGAAGUUUCCUGAUCUUUGUCUCUAUUGAUGACUGUUUGGUUACGUUCAUAGUCUCUGCUUUGUCUCUGGUUAAGCAUGCUGAUUUUAAGGAGACAAACGUUCAUAUCACUGCAUUUUUAUAUAAAAUACUAAUUCUCUGUAUUUAGCAUUUAGGAACCAAGCAAGAUAUAAAGUAAUUUUAGUUAA